AUGGAGAACCAAGGCGCUUACCCGGAGUCUCCUAUGGAGCAGGACGAGUCCUACCCAUGCAAGGGCUGUGGAGAGACUCUUGAAGAAGGGAAAGCGUUUGAGCUUGCUGGAAACCGAUGGCACAUAGACUGUUUCCGGUGCAGUACAUGCAGCACUUUGCUUGACUCGGACGCGCACCUCCUCCUUUUGGGCGAUGGAUCACUUAUAUGCAGCAACUGCACAUAUAGUUGUAGCUCCUGCAACAACAAGAUCGAGGAUUUGGCCAUCUUAACAGGAGACCAGGCUUUCUGCGCGCAAUGCUUCCGAUGCCGGAACUGCAAGCGAAAGAUUGAGAACUUGCGCUAUGCGCGCACUUCACAGGGUAUAUUCUGCAUGGAAUGUCACGAAUCACUAAUGGCACGAAGAAGAAAACGAAAAGCCGGCGGCACUAGUGGGAAAAAGCCAGCUGGGCCUAAUGUGAAGCUGGACAAAUCCUUGCCGUCGUUGCCUCCCCACCUUCAAGAGGCACAAUUAAUGGAGGAAGAGCCUAGUGAAUAUACAGGCACGCCUGAUCCUAGUAAAAUGGCGGAAACGCCUGAUCUAAAUGAUGAAAGACCGCAAAGCUCAACUUCCAAUCAGCAAGCCGAUUCAGACAUUCUCCUCCCAUCUAGCACAUAUCGCAGUAGUCGUCAAUCAAUUCCACGCAAAACUGAUGCAGAUGGUGGUGAAUUAUUGAUUCCUCUUGCUUUUGAUCCUUCGGCUGAGGGUAAAUCCCGUGGUCACUCACAAACACGGCAAGAACCCAGUCGCGACUAUUACAAUCAAGUUCAAUCCAGUGAAUGCUCACACAGGGCCUCGCGCGACGGCCGUGCAUCUUCGGAAAACCAUUCACCCCAUAUUGCAUAUCAAGAGAAAGGUUGGGAACGAAACGACGCCAAUUCAUCCGAUAAAACACCAAUCUCCGAUUCCAAACCUGCAAGGGCAGACUCGACUCGCAGCUCAUCCGACAUCCCGAUCAGCUUCAGAGAAACAAGCAAUCUUUCUGGGCCUACCAGCCCUGUUAGCACCAAAUCAAAGGAUUUCUCCAGUGACUCAAAACGACACGUUCCAAUGGAUAGUGUUACUUCGGGUCCGACUCGUCCCUCAAAUGAGCUUCGUCGUCUUCACGACCAUGGCUCAGUGGACUCGGCGCGCUCUCAAGCUUCCGGUUUGCCACAUUUGCCAAAGCGCGGCGAUUCGCUGGAGGGCAGGCUUCACCAAAUCCCAAGGAAAGAGGUCGGAACAUCGCCUGUGUCAUCGCAAUACGAGGACUCUCCCAUGCUCCGUAGUGACACUUUCGAACAGCCGAUUCAAUCUACUCCUUUGAACGAAUCACACCCAUACGAUAACUCCGGCGCAUCCACCUUGCUACGGUAUAAUAGCGGAGGUGACUUCUCUAUGGAUGAAGAGUUAUCGCGCAUCAUCGGCGGCGAUGACACAGUCGGGCAAAAUAACGAGUCAUUCCUGCGGCGCGUCUCAAACUCCGUCCGCCAUGGUCGAAGCUUCAGUGAGAAGAGUGUGCGAAUGAGCAAAGAUCUCAAGAACCCCCGAUCCCCGAGCACUCGAAGCAUAGCUGGAACAGAUGUGGGCAGUCCCAUCGCCGGAUCACAGAGUGAAGAGAUCGCUUGGCUUCGCAACGAACUGCGCAAAGAACGCCUGCGAGUUGCAGAACUGGAAUCAGCCGCUCGCGCCGCAGCAGACGUCAAGCAGGUUAACACUGAGCUUUCUGAGAAGCGAUCUACCAUGGUCGUCCUUGACGCUCAGCGCGAGAUCGUUUUACGUGAACUCACGGUUCUCACCGAUCACAUGGAGGCUGAAAAGCGUGGUGGCACCAGUGGGCCACUGGACCUUGGCAAACUCUCCAACCACGUCCUGCGCGAGCUGGCAGAGUCUAUUCAAAAACUGAAAGACUCGUAUGCACCGCAAAUUGAGGAGCUCAUGCAGAAGCGCAAUGACCUGUCGGAGGAGCUGGAAGCCAUGAACACUCGAAAGGAGAAGAGCUUCCAGGAAUUCGAGCAAUUGUCGAUGAAGAAUGCACAGCUAGCUGAGUUAAAUAAUCAGCUGGUUCACCAGAUCCAAGAACUGUACAAAGCUACGGAAGGUCAAUCCCGACCCAACGGUCUAGGCAUCUCACACAAUAAACAGCAGUCCACCAACUCUAUUGAAGUGAUGAAACCUUCCUUCUCCAAUGACUAUCAGGGAUCGAUGUCUACUGCUCACAUUUCAGAGGACUCUGAGCCUGCUACGGCUACUGUUGUGCCAGGCCCCCAGGUUGUCAGCAUUCGCAAGGGCCAGCCUCGCAAGUUCAACUGGAAAAAGGGUGGACAGAACGUUGCCAAAGGUGUCAAGGGUCUUAAGGGGGCCUUCAUGUCCAGUGAAGGACAGCCACAUGAGGGUGGCGGUGGUCUACCGCGUUCUCAGACUCAAGACCCGAGUCGUCAAGGCUUUGGUUUCUUUGGAAACCAGAGAGGCAAGCAGGGAGGGAAGAUGUCUCAAGCUGACAGCGUUCCUGUGCUCGCUGAAGUUGCUGCUGAUGCUCUCUUCGGCACCGAACUUGAGGCUCGCAUGGAACAUGAAAAGAGUAUUAUCCCAGCCAUCGUCACGCGGUGUAUUCAGGAAGUCGAAUUGCGAGGCAUGGACAUGGAAGGCAUUUAUCGCAAGUCCGGUGCCGCUUCAGUCAUCCAAACGAUUCGCGAAGGCUUUGAACGAUCUCCAUUUGAUUACGAUAUCUCCGACCCUGACCUUGAUAUUCAUGCUGUCACAUCUACCUUGAAGCAGUAUUUCCGAAAACUUCCUAACCCCUUGAUCACUUACGAAGUUUACGAACUUGUGAUAGAUUCUGCUGAGGUUAGCCCUAUGUCCGCGCGAAUUGAGCUCAUGCAGAAGAGUCUACUCGAGCUGCCUCGCGUGCACCGCGAUGUCCUAGAAUUCCUUAUUUUCCAUCUCAGACGCGUCGUCGAGCGCCAUGAGGAGAACCUGAUGACCAGUCAGAAUGUCGCGGUGGUCUUUGCUCCAACAAUCAUGCGACCUGAAAGUCUCGCCCGUGAGAUGACCGACGUCCAGAAGAAGAAUGAUGUCCUCAAGUUCCUGGUGGAGAACUGCCAGGAAGUUUUCAUGGGCAUGCAGGGCUAG